AUGUUCACAGCACCUGUAGACAAAGUCGAAUUGACGACCAAAGACACUCCAGGCUAUACGCAUGCCGAAUGCCUUACAGAAGAGAGCGCGAGAUUAACAUCCGAGUUGUUAACCCUCAAUCAUGAUCUCUUCCAUACACGAUGGAACGCCGGCUUCCACAACCACAUCACCCACCACUUACUCGCCAUGUACUCCCUCGGAGCCACGACAGAAGAGUUGAAAGACAUGUGGGAUUACAAUGCACCAUACCAAGCGCCCAUCGAUCGGGAUCAUGAAACUGUGCCGAAUGACCUUGAUCUGCACGAUCCGGCAGUUUUCAACGACUGUUUGGGCAAAGAUGUACACUAUAUCGACUUUUUGGAGUUCUUCCAGUCCGAAAUCAAAUCGAUGGGGCCGGAGGCGGUAAUUCGAGAAUAUGUGCUCAAGGGCGAUGCGAGAGCCGAUGACAUUUUCUGUAGGAUGUAUACAGACCUCGUACACCCAAUGAUCCAUCUCGGAUGUGCAAUCGAGUGGCAACAAUCCAGCGUAUUGGCAGAAUCCCUCGCCGGAGCUUGUGUGCACGAGAACUGGCCCAAGGAAUUUCUGCUUCCCACAGAGGAAUACUUGCGUAAUAAUCCCGAAUCGAAGUCACAUCCUCUCCUGCAAAUCACCAAGACAAUGCAAUACGAUCCUGCCAUCGCUCAGGCUGUCAAGGACGACGACCCCUUCAACAAAAUCGCAGAUGGUCUCAUGAAGCGAGUGAAUAGCGAGCAAUUCGCUCGUCAUCUCAGCCAAUUCCGAGUCGAGCCCACAGAAGAGGAUAUUCAACAAAAGAUGAGCGAAAUGAUGCAUACUGCCGCAUACAUCAUGGGCGCUGCGCAACGACCUGGCAAGCGGGAGAAGAUCGACUUUGUGUUGUUGCACAAUGUCACACUUUCUGGAUACUAUCCCGCCAUAAUUGCACAAGAUUGGUUAACCCUGGAAGAGAAAGCCCGCAUUCUCGAAGCCAAAGGGAGAGUCGACGCCGUGAUGUACGCAGGAUGUGGAUGUCCGGAUCUGUAUCCUGAGCGCAUUAUCAACUAUACUCCGAAGAACGAAACAGAUAGCUGGCCAGAGCUAUUCCAUCGUUCGAUCGUAUACCGCGACGAAGGCCAUGCCACAAAACUGAUCCGUUCACUUUACAGCCUGGAACAGCAUUUCACAGAGAUGGGCUGCGAACUGCCAAUCGCAAAGAAAGAUUUCGUAAAGAUCGCUCAUAUCGCCAUGGAUUCGAUUGAGAGGUCUAUGCAACCGGGAGGGACAAAGAUGCCGAAGGAGGUUGCGGAGACGAUGGCGAAGAAUAUCGGCCAUGGCGGAGAGUUCGUUGUCGCGAAUGCUACGCGAUGGGUGUUCUACGAUGGUCUUCCGAAGGCCUGGGAUAAUGUUCCAGAUCUGGCAGAGGGUAAGCCGGAGUUUUUGCAUGAUAGUGCUCGGGGGUCGCCUGAGCGGUCGUAA